AUGUUGGAUGAGGAUCUAGCAGCAGAUGCGGCUAGCGAAACUACAACGGAAUCAGAAGCUACCUCUACCGAGCCAACACCAACACCACCAAUUCAGACACCAGAACCACCUCCACCUGAGCCAGAACCAGAACCAGAACCAGUGAUUGAAGAAGCGAAAUCUCCUAUUCCAAAAGAACCACCACCACCAAAUCCGGUGAACGUGCUUAAUUUGCUCCUUUCGAAACUUAAGGCCAUGGAAGGAACGGAACCUUCAACAGAGAUAUCUGAAGUGGACAUCGAACUGUGUAACAAGAUUUACCACAUCCUCAAUCCGUCUGAACCAGUCGAGGGAGAGGCACCAGUUGACGGAGCCCCACCAGCGGAAGGAGCGACCCCAGCGGAAGGUGCAGGACCACCAGCCGAGGGAGAAGCACCGGCCGAAGGAGCUCCACCAGCUGAAGGAGGCGGCGAUGCGGCCCCACCUGCUGAGGGAGCACCAUCAUCCGACGCACCUCCGGCUGAUGCACCUCCGGCUGAUGCUGCCCCAGCCGAAGCUGCGCCUGCUGCGCCCGUUGUCGAAGAUGUCAGCUAUUAUUUAGAUCAGUUAGACAAUCAUUAUCUUAUUUUAGAUGUAAACGCAAAUCACACAAAUGUAGAAUAA